AUGGCGCAAGAGAAACUCUUCUCUACCCAGCAGAUAUCAAGCCACAACACACCAGACGAUUGCUGGAUUGUUGUCGAUAAUCAAGUUUGGGAUGUGACAGACUUUCUGGAUGAACAUCCAGGCGGGUCCACAAUCAUUUUGAAAUAUGCCGGUCGCGAUGCUACGAAGGCAUAUUCAGAAGUCCACACCCCUGGACUCAUUAAAUCAAACCUAGCUCCAGGGAAAUGUUUGGGUAAGCUGGAUGAGUCGACUGUGAACGGGGAAUGGCGUAGAGAGCCAACGAGUCAAAGUUCUGCAGCCGUCGGGAGAAACGAGAAACCACCACUUGAUACACUAAUAAAUGCGCAUGAUUUUGAACGUGUGGCAUCAAAAACUUCGAGUAAAAAGACGUGGGCAUUCUAUUCCAGUGCCGCAACUGAUCUCAUAACGCGCGAGGCGAACAAAUCUUGUUUCGAUCGGAUAUGGUUCAGACCGCGAGUGUUGCGCAAUGUUCGGUCUGUUGAUACAAAAACAACCAUUCUUGGAGUCGACAGUUCACUUCCAUUGUUUGUGAGCCCAGCAGCUAUGGCUAAGCUCAUUCACCCUGAAGGGGAGCUUGCUAUCGCUCGGGCGUGUGAGAGCAAAGGGAUUGUGCAAGGAGUCUCCAACAAUUCAUCGUACUCGAUCAACGAGCUUAGAAACGCCGCACCCUCGGCAACUUUCUUCUUCCAAUUGUAUGUGAACCGAGAACGCGAAAAGUCGGCAGCACUCCUACGCCAAUGCUCCGCCAACCCGAAUAUCAGGGCCGUAUUCGUGACGGUUGAUGCAGCAUGGCCAGGCAAGCGGGAAGCAGACGAACGAGUCAAGGCUGACGAAAGCCUAUCGGUUCCUAUGGCUCCCUCCAAGGCAAAGAACGAUAGCAAGGGAGGUGGCUUGGGACGUGUAAUGGCAGGAUUCAUUGAUCCUGGACUAACGUGGGAGGACCUCGCAUGGAUACGAAAACAUACACACCUUCCUGUGUGUUUAAAGGGUGUGAUGUCUGCAGACGACGCCAUCCUAGCGAUGAAGACCGGGUUGGACGGUAUUUUGCUGAGCAAUCAUGGAGGUCGUAAUCUUGAUACGAGCCCACCGUCCAUCAUCACUCUCCUUGAGCUCCAGAAACGCUGUCCGGAAAUCUUUGACAGGAUGGAAAUCUAUGUGGACAGCGGGAUUCGACGAGGAACAGAUAUUCUAAAGGCUGUUUGCCUGGGUGCAACUGCUGUGGGUAUGGGACGCAGCAUGCUCUUUGCAGCAAACUAUGGCCAAGACGGAGUCGAACACUUGAUAGAUAUUAUGCGAGACGAGUUAGAGACGGCAAUGCGAAACAACGGAAUCGCUACACUUGCCGAUGCCGGUCCACAUCUCGUUAACACUGGAGAUGUGGACCACCUAGUCCCAGGGAGCCUGUUGCAUCCGUAUGCUCGGAAGGUUGCCAAAGGGCGAAAUCCAAACAUAUCUAAACUCUAG